GCAGCGCUUUGCAUCGACGAGGGUCUGGCAACGCUAGAAAAACGCGAGCCGCCUGAAAAGCAAGGCAAAUUACAAAACACCAUGUCUUUCGGUAAUUUGUUAAUGAAAAGCGGCCUUAAUCUGGCCGUGCGUGAUGCGCAGGCCGGCGUCCUGGUGACCGCCACCCGCCAAGGCCACACCAUCCGCGGCAAGGCGCCCGGCGUGGCGCGUUCGCUGGAGCAGCGGAUUCGUGAGGAGAACGUUGAGGAUCCGGAGGUGGUGGCCCGCAUCAACAUUGGCUUCCCGCAGCUGAGGGAGUCGCGAUCGGCGCAGCUAAAGACGCGACUGGAGCACCUGAAGUCCCAGCGUAGUGACAAGCAGCUGGAGCAGCUGGCACGGAGCAACAAGUUGAUUAUCGAUUUGGACAAGGUGCAGCGCACCUAUGUGAAGACCACGGGCCAGCAUGAUCUUCGCCUGCUGGCUGACCACUACGGCAUCUUCGAGCACCUCUUCGGCAGCGCCUACUUUGUGCCCCGCGUGCCGCUCAACAUAAGCUACCAGCUGGAUGGCGAUAGCCUGGCACCCGUCUACAAUGGCAACGUGAUCAAGCCCACGGAGGCAGCCAAAGCGCCUCAGAUCAGCUUCGAUGGCCUAGUGGAUCCCAUUACGGGACAAGCCGCCGGCCAGGACACUUACUGGACCCUGGUGGCCAGCAAUCCCGAUGCACACUACACAAAUGGCACUGCCGAGUGCCUGCAUUGGUUCAUUGCCAACAUACCCAACGGCAAGGUGAACGAGGGCCAGGUGCUCGCCGAGUAUCUGCCGCCGUUCCCGCCGCGCGGCGUUGGUUACCAGCGCAUGGUCUUUGUGCUGUACAAACAGCAGGCGCGCCUUGAUCUCGGCUCUUAUCAGCUGGCUGAUGGCGACUACAGCAAUCUGGAGAAGCGCACUUUCAGCACCCUGGACUUCUAUCGCCAGCACCAGGAGCAACUGACGCCGGCUGGCCUGGCCUUCUAUCAGACCAACUGGGACGAGUCAUUGACGCAGUUCUACCACGAUGUUUUGAAGAGCAAGGAGCCCGUCUAUGAGUACGACUUUCCCAAGCCCUAUCUGGCCGACCAGAAGUUCUUCCCGCUGAAGCAGCCCUUCAAUCUGUACAUGGACAAGCACCGCGACCAGAAGCAGGUGAACAAGGAGUAUCUGGAGCGCAAGCUGGCCAAAACGCAUCCAUUCGAGGGGCCAGAGAAGCCGCUGCGCUAUCCCAAUGCACAUCCCAUACGCGAUGUGCCCUCGUGGCUGAGGACCGAGAUCCGGAAGGAGCGUUUGGGCACCGGACGCGUGCAGGACUACUAGGGAAUACGACGCUGUUAAGUUUUGUGUGUAAUAGUGGUUAACAAGUUCUGUUUUUUUUUAUUUUCACUGGAAGUACAUGAGUUGCUAAAGUACACGGUUGCCUCAUCUGCAAACUA